CAAGCCAUACCCGCAAACAUCCCACAACGUCAGUCCUCAACAUAGGUGGAACCCGCCUUCCUCGUCGCAAUUAACAUCUUCACCAAGACCGCCCGCCAUGGAUCCCUUCGAAGUGCGGAUGCGCUUCACCUCGCAGCUCCAACACCUCAGUGCCUCUGUGACAGCGGCGCAAAAAGCUGCAAACUUCGCCCUCAAGAACCGCGAAAUGGACGAAGAUUUGCAUUCAUGCAUACUGGAACAAUUGGAGAGAAAUAAUAUGAACAAUCGCGCUAACAUCAUGUACUUCAUCGAACACCUCUGCGACCUGGCCCUGCGAGAAAACCACCCUGAAUACGUCCGCAUGAUGCAGCGCGACAUCCUGCGCGUGAUCGAUGCCGUCACACCCCCUGAUGGUUCCGGCGCCGCAAACGUCAAGGUUGUCCGGCGCGUACUAUCCGGUCUACAAUCGAAAGAAGUUCUUACGCUGGAGACGGUGGGGGAACUGGAAGCAGUAUUGAAGGAGAGAGACAUUGCGCCGAGUCAUCCAUUCAUCAGUGGCGACGGCGCGGACACAAAUGGCGCAAAGCGAGGUACGGGACGAGCGUUGGAUAAACGACAAAUCGAGCAGCGUAUAGAAGAGGAUCGGGAACGACAUAAGAGGUUAAGAGAGAGCAUUUGGGCUAUCCCGAGUGGGCAAGGCGAGGAAGAUGCGGAGUUCGAGAAACUCUGGGAUGAGGCCAGUGAUAUCGGAGAGGAUGACUACGAAAUGGGAAAAGAGGAUCAGGAAGAGCGGAGGCAGAUCAUCGCAUUGGGCUGAAUGUCGCUCUAUUCGGUUCGGACGGUUGAGAUGGCACAUUUAGGCGUCUUGUGGGAUUUGAAGCACCGCUCAUGAUACAUCUGCAUUGCUUGGCGUUAUACGGGAGAGGAUUUGGACAGGGAACUAGUUCAGACUGGAGAGAUACCAUUUAGGCACGCAUACUUGAAUCUAUUUUAUCUGUAUCGAACACAUCCAAGAAU